GUUAAAAACGUGUGUGUUCGCUCUUGCCAGUCUCAGCAUCGCUCAGUUUGUGCAGGAGGCUGCAGCUCAGGAUCUCCACUCCAGAUAUGAUCUUCACACUUCUCAGUCGUUUCUCUCCAAGCUGGGAUCCCUUCAUUUGUUUGCUUGGAUGUUAACAGUCUGCUGCGUAUUGAUGGAUUUCUCAUGCCACAACUAAUCUGACUCAAACCCGGGAUCGGUUCAAGAACAGCUAAAAAAAAAAGAAAAAAGAAAAGGGGUUGCCCAGGUAGUUUUAAGGUUUUUGGAAGCUGCAGCUCAUCCUGUGUUGGACAUGGGACCGUGCGUCAGCAGAGAGGGAUCCGGUGUCGGAGGGAGAGCAUCUUCCUGAAGGAGGAGAAGCCCGUGUGCAGGAGUUUUUUUUUUUUUUUUUUUUUUUGUUAUAGUAUUGCUUUUUGCUACCGGGGAGGUGGAGCUGAGGGUUUUUACGCGCCGGAAUGAUGCGUCCCAAUCGCGGCUUCAUCCUGCUCCUCCUCAACGGAACCGCUUGUUUGGUGGCCCUUGGUCAAGAAGACGACUCUGCUAGCCCCAAGAGCUCUUCAGACGACUCCUCCAAGAUGGUGGGCCUCCUGAGUGGGCAGACGCCACUCUCGCCCCUGAGCCGCUGGAUGCUUCACAGUAAGAGCAGAGCAGCUAACACAACUUCUCUGGAGCUCCCCUACCGGACCCCGGUCCCUUUUUCCAAGCAGGAGUUUUCCAAACAGGAGUUCUGGGAGAUGUUGGGCAGCGACCUGCUCAAACCGGACGCUUCCAGCUCCAGAGUCAAACGGCGACCAAUCGUCAAGACGGGCAAGUUCAAGAAGAUGUUUGGCUGGGGAGACUUCUACUCCAACAUCAAGACGGUGAGGCUUAAUCUGCUGAUCACCGGCAAGAUUGUGGAUCACGGUAACGGCACAUUCAGCGUCUACUUCCGCCACAACUCCACAGGCCAGGGAAACAUCUCAGUGAGCCUGGUGCCACCCGUCAAGGCGGUUGAGUUCGAUCUGGAGCGCCAGAGCGUGGUCUACCCAAAGGACUCAAAGAUCUUCAACUGCCGCGUGGACUAUGAAAAGGUGGAUCGCAGCAAGCGCACGUCGCCGUGCAACUACGACCCCUCCAAAACCUGCUUUCAGGAGCAGAUCCAGAGCCACGUGUCCUGGAUCUGCUCCAAGCCUUUCAAGGUUAUCUGCAUCUACAUUUCCUUCUACAGUACGGACUACCGUCUGGUCCAGAAGGUUUGCCCGGACUACAACUACCACAACGAGAUGCCCUAUCUGCCCUCGGGUUAGAGUGCUAGUAGGGGGUGAGGAGAGGUGGGAGAGGAGAAGAAAAAAAAAGUGAGGGUGAGAAGAAGUGACUGCAACAUAAGAGGAGGAAACCAGGGCUGAGAGUCAUCCUUAAUGCCACGGUGGCUGAAGAUACCUUAAAAAAGCCCUCUUUGUAGCCUGACUUCUGUAAGAUGUAAAAACAUAUAUGCAAAACUAAAACUACCGUAUGCAGACAAAGAGGCAUUUGGAAUGCUAAACAGCAGCAUUCAUUAACUGGGACUGCUACUGAAAUUCAAAAACCGCCAACAUGCACAUUCUUACCUCAAUCCUGUUUUGUAAUGCCAACUUUCUCGCCAGCUAUUUCUGUCCUCCAUUCAGUCAUUUGUUAAUGUGGAAUGUUCUUUUAAUCACCUUUUUGCAAAGACACAAGGCAGUAUUUACUGUAAAAGAACACAUUUAAAUGCUCUGAUAAGACUCACUAGAGAGUUGUAUACCAAUCCAGACUUUAUUACAAACAUCAUGACGGUACUUAACAUCGUACACUGUGAUGGCAUAGACGACUUUUCAAUUGUAUCCAAGGAAUGUCUUUUUUUCCUCGUACUAAGAGCAGAUGAAUGUAAAGUGUAAGCAGUCGCAGGAUCUUUUAGGUUACACUUAAAGUUUCUUUCAAUUGGGCAUGCUUUUAAUGCUUUCUUUACAGUUCUUCUAACUCUUUCAUUUCACAUGUAAGCAUCCCAUCAUGGCGUUUUCAGUGUGUAGUGUUGGGUUUUGCAACCUGCCAAAUCUGAUUACUCCAUACUUCAUGCACACCACCUUUAUUUCAGUGGGAAAAAAAAGGACAGAAGGGACGAAAAGAAAAAAUAAAAUUGCCAAGGAAAAGUAUUUUCUCAACAAAGAUUUAGGACCAGGGCUUAAGACAAGUUCAGUGCAAAGGAAAUAACUAGAUUCUGCAUAGAGAUAGAAUUGGCCCUCCAUACUUAAAGAGAGAAGGGGGAGAGAGUGAGAGGUGGGGGAGAGAGGGAGAGCGAUUCAGUGAGCUGUUUUAAUUAAAGUGGAGAAGGAGAUGUAGAGUAUGCAGCUCCUUCUAUUGUCCCCUCUGUAUGAAAAAGAUUACAUUUUGUUGCCGUCAGGAUUCCUGAUUUCACGCCUUGAUAACUUUGACUGUGUGCGGGAGAUUGCUCUCUCCCGACAAAUGCUGUGUUCACUAACGGCGUCCCGUUAUCUUGAAUAAAUGAAAAUAUUAUCAUAAUAAUUGCAUAUAAUUUAAUCUCCUUUAGAACUAAUUAAGGUUUCAACAAGAGGGCGAAUUGUAUUCCUAAAAAUCAAGACAGUGGGAGGAUAAGAGGACAAUUCAAAAGGAUUGUUGUGUUUUUUUGGGUUUUUUUUAUAGCAUGGAGCUGGCAGCCAAAGCAGGGCCCAGAGUUAACUGCUCUCAUUAAGAUAAAUGGCCACAGGCUGGCCCAUCUCAUGUUGCUCUCACAAAUAUUAUCAGUGGAGAGGAGCUCACAGUGGAGCUAUGAAUUAGGUAGGAUGUGUGCAGAGAGGUUAACCCUGUCCUGCUUAUGAGGACAUAAUGACUUUUCAGUUCAUUAACAAUGUUGCAAGAAAGGUGUGAAGAGUCAUUAACCGGCAAGAUAAGAUAACCGUUUUGAUGUUAAUUUGAUACGAUAUCGGGGAUGAAGCCGAUAUCAAGCAGUGUUGUCCCAGGUGGGCGGUGAAUGAAAGCGUCCUCCUGCGGGGGGAAGCAUAAGGCCAGACAUAAAUGCAUGCUCUCAGCUGCUCAGUGUGAGAGCAGGAGAGCAGCUAAAGAUUGCAACAAAGACCUGUAAAUGUGAUCAUCAGAGCUCUGCGUUUUUAAUUUACUCUUAAAGAGGGGGGUAGCUCCUCUCCAUAUGCCACCAAAUCAACGUGAGAAAUGGCAGCAGGGCACGAGCAAUUCUGCAGGGGACUGACAGCACCUGCAGGAAUGAAACAUGCUGCUUAAGUCAAACCUCUGCUUUCUCUUGCAUGUCAUCGUUUGUCCAAAGAGAUAUUUCCUACAUGCAUCCAUUUGAUUCCGAAAACAUAUCUGGCUCCUGGUUUACUGCAAGAGUCUCGCAAAACUGAGGCGAUUUUCGAGGCGAGGAAACUAUCAAUCAGAGCGCCAACUCCAGGAAAGCUUGUCUAGACACACUCUCAUUUCUGCCAUGUCACAGUAAGUGAUUAUGCAGGAUUUAUUUGAAAGUAAACAUAAAGAGUCCCAGUGGAACAUGCAGUAUAGAUGAGGGAUUGGCAGCAUCUGAAACCAACUGCAUGACACAUGUCUGAGAAUCUUUUCUUUUACUGCUGGAUGCACGUGUAUAAAUUGCGUACAAACCAGCAAAUACGACGCAAUGCCUCUUCUUCCAUCCAUCCCACUGGCUGUACAAAAGAGGCUGGCAAAGCCUUGUGACAUCACCCCUCGGUUUUAACCACCUUUUGACGCCAAAAGUUUGACAUCUUGUUUUUUUUAAACCAUGCAAUAUGAUUGUGGACAUUGUUUAGCUGUGUUUAAUUGUGCUCAAUUUAUUACAUCAAUUAGUCGACUUGUCCGAAUCUAAAUUUUCAUUUUCUUGACAGGGAAAUUAACCCCUAAAAAUACCUCAUUUAAAGGCUAAGUCAACGUCUUUUAAACAGUCAAUGGUUCAUCCAUUUCCUCAUCCUCCAGCUCUGUUUGCCCUUUCUGUAUACAUCUGCCUGUUACUCAUCUCCUCGCCGUUGUCCUCUGUAUGUGUGACCUCGGUUGACUUGACCCUCAUACCCUCUCUACCUCCCUUACCCUGGCAUUGAACCCUGCUGUGGGUAGUUCCUCAUCGCUGCCCCGCCCGCCCUCCUGCGCACAGCACUGAUCUGAGCUGGCUAAUCUCUGUGAGCUUAACGCAGAGCACUGAGAGCUACCCUCUCUUCUCCUCUUUCUAUUUCUCUCUCUAUCUGGAUCCCAUCAAACAAAUGCGUGUGCACACACAGUUUUAAAGUUGUGCUGGUUUAGGUAUUUUCCUCUCUCAUGUUCAAAGCAUCUCACAUAAGCCCCCUGGAUUGAGCGAACAUGAGAUCUCCUCGAGAGCAUGCCAACGGACUGCCCAACACAGAUGCACCCCCGGUGACCUCAAUACUCCCCCCCCCUUUCCCUUUAUCAUGCAGAGCAUCCAGAGAGAAGCUGGAUUCUCACACAUGUUGGAGUAUUGAACUCAUGUAGAAACAAGAAGCACACAUGAUGUGUGACACGUCCGGAAGAAUCCCUCACCCGGCUCCUUACCGAUCCUCUCAGAUUUACAGCAAUACUCUCACCGAGACUCCACCCUCUCCGCCUCUCCGGGGCGACCUUAAAAAAAGGCUGCUGGACUACGUUUAUGAGUCAGUCAUGUUGCUGUAUGAUGGACCAUGUUGUUACUGUAGCAGCCUUACUGUUGACCCAUCUAGUGCCAACAGACAUGUGGAUAUUUGGCCUUAGAGACUGCUGCAGAACUCUGGUCCACUCAGUAAAGAAUAUUAUCAAAACUGGACUGUCAAAAAGAUAAAUAUACAUAUAUAUAUAUAUAUAUAUAUAUAUAAAACUAAGAGUCCUCAGAUCUGAAUAAAGUUGUAUUUAACUGUGGGUCAUGAAGUGGAGGUCGUCUGUUUUAUUUUUCUGUUCCUCAUGUUUUUUUGUUUUUCUAUGUCAUAUUGAUGAUAUACUGUAUGGAUGAUAUGAUGGCAUUUACUGUGGUUUUCAACAUUCUAAAAAUCAAUAAAGUGCCAGAAAAAGUA